CGUCGACUUUACAUUUUGGAAUCUCAAAAUUUUUAACAACUACAAACACAACUCCUUCCCUCAUCGGCGUUCCCCCCCGCCGUGCCGGUACGUGGAAACGGAGCUUAUUUUCUCUCUCUAAUUCGCGAUGUCUCAGGUUGAUAAUAGGAAUUCUUCAGCGGCCAAACGUGCCCGAACUGACAGUGGGCGCAGAGAAGAUGAUUGGACGUGCCCUAGGUGUGGCAAUGUUAAUUUCUCAUUUAGAACAACUUGCAAUAUGAGAAAUUGUACACAGUCUAGGCCUGCUGAUCACAACACUAAACCUAUAGCUAAGCCAUUCCAACCACCACAAGGUUAUUCGACCUUGGCUCCUUAUGUUGGUUCUGGUGCUCCCUCUUCAAUGUUUUUGGGCAUACCACCUCAUGGUUCCUCUGUGUUUAAUGCAACAUCUAUUCUGCCCUAUGAUGUUCCAUUUUCUGGAGGCUCAGCUUAUCACUACAACUAUGGCAGCCGUAUUUCUGGAGGCAGUCCCUUUCAACCCCUGCAUUUAUCUGCCCCUCCUCCUUACUCCAGUGGAGCUAUUAUGGGGAAUGGUGGGGUAUAUGGUGUGCGGCCUCCUUUAGUGGACAGAUAUGGCCUGGGAUUACCAAUGGGUUCUCCAACAAUGGGAUCAAGGCCAGGAUUUUUUCCAGAGGAUAAUUCUCAGAAGAAAGAUGGCACACGUGAUAAUGAUUGGAAGUGUCCUAAAUGUGGAAAUGUCAAUUUUUCAUUCAGAACAGUUUGUAAUAUGAGGAAGUGCAAUACCCCGAAGCCUGGAUUCCAGGGUGCAAAAUCUGUGAAGAAUUCUAAUACACCCGAGGGGAGCUGGAAGUGUGAAAAGUGCAACAACAUAAACUAUCCAUUUAGGACCAAGUGUAACAGACAAAACUGUGGAGCUGAAAAACCAUCUGAGUCGAAGAAGUCUCCAUCACCAGUAGCAGAUGAAAAUGAUCAGUGAGUACUAGGGCAUUGUUUUAAGGGUUGAGAAGGUCCAGAGUUGUCAUCCAGCAUGCUCAGUGUGGGUGUCUGAAAGUCGGUCAUUCAGUUGUGUUGUCUUCCCGUUGCUGCAGUUGUUGAGUUAUGCUACCAUAUUAUGUUGUCAAUUUGUAUUAACUAAAAUUCAUAUACUUGUGGUCUUUGUGGAUUUUUAUCCAGUCACACUAUGUCUACUAGCUUGUUUUGAAGAUAUAUUUUUAAAGGUUGAUUUGGUUAAUGUUGAAUAGGGUUUUGUUUUGGUA